GGAAAAAGCAUUGUGACGACCAAGAUGGAAUUUUGAUAAUGUAAACAGAACUGAAGCGAAGCACGUUCCGGUUUUUUUCGGUUUUUAAAAUUUGUUCCCCCGUCUACACAACCGCCAAUAUGACCCCGUUGGGAAAUGCUUGCGCCUUACUUCUGUUUUCAAUGGAGAGUUACCAUGUGACAAGUCACAUCAUGGUAAUAACAAGAACUCGUCUUCUUCCACGCAAAGAUCUAGUUCGUCUCAGGUUCUAUUUUCUCGUCGACCUGUUAACAGUAUUUUGCUCGUCAAUCUUGUUUCUGCGGCAGCUCCAGUGGUUGGCUGUACUACAAAUUUUACAACAUCUAUACUAUUUUGUUUUCUGGGAGAAAACAAAACCAGCCAAGAAGAUUAUUAGUUGGAGUUCUAUCGACUGGACCAAAAGCGACUUCCAACAAGAAUGGCACUUCGAUUCCAUCCUUGGUACUUUGUUCGACAUCGGCGUCCACUUAGUGUUCGCUGUUCUACUCGGAGCCUACUUGACCACUGUCCAAAUCACGGUAUGCCUGCUGGUGGCUCAUGGUGUCCUCUUUAUGUUUCUGUGGAGCCGGAAGUUUGCUUGGAGCAAUCCUUGGUCACCCCCACAGUGGGUCCAAAAGAGAAUCCAGCCAGUCUCACUGGACAAGGCUCGUUGGUUUUAAUGUCCUUUUGAAUUGGAUAAGGAGUUUUCAUCGUUUGUAGUGACCCUUUGAUCUUGUAUUUUUUCUACAUUUUAAAAAUCUAUGUGAAAAAAAAAUCCUCAAUCCUCAUUAAUGUAAAUAUUGAAAUCAGAAUUUGUUUUCAUGAUUGAAAAACAUCAAAAAUUAUCAAAACACUCAUUAAGGAUUGGACAGAAUUUGCUGAAAACGAUCAAAAUGACCGAUAUGUCAGAUCUCAUUUUCAGUCUAUUUGUAGAAGAAUUUUGAUCAGUCGCAAGUCAAACCAUUAAUUCAUUAGAGCUGAUGAAGUUGGAAUUGGUUCACCAUUAACAGAUCUGCUGUUAAUUUUCACUAGUCAAUAAUAUAUCUAUAGAGAGAGACGUGAUCCUAACAAUAUAUAUAAGUUUAUUUUACAACAAUGAUAAUCAAGUUAAUGUCUCACCAAUUUGCACAUAAUUGUUUAAUGAGGAAAAUGAGAAGCGUAUUGUCAUUAUUUAUUUGUAUAUUUUGUAAGUGCUUGAACCUUAACACUAUUAAAUUCAGUUCGCGGUAGACAUGCAGAACUGAAAACAUAAACAAGUUGUUUAUCAAUAUAAGUAUUAGAUAAAUACAAUGCAAUUCUAACGUGGCCAAAUAUUGUUAAAAUAUAUGCAUACAUUAAUAAUGUAAUAUAAGGUAUUGCCUAUGAAAAACAUUCUGAAUAAUAUAUCAAAGAAUAAUGCAAUAUGGAGUUUAAUCUGUGAUAUUUAUAUUAAUGUUAAAACUGGAAACAAAAUAUGGAUCGAAUAAAAUUAAAAGUUAUAAAUAUAAGAUAAUACACGAAAACAAUAUCAUAUCUGUUUUUUUUCAUUUUCAAAAAAUGAUCCAAUGACAUUGAGGCAAAAUAUUUAUAAAGUCAUCGUAUAUAAAAAUGAUUUCUUAUUUUUGUUAACCGAUGAUCUGACACAAAUUGAAAUUUUGUUUGCUAAAUCAUGAUGCAGUAAAGAAAAAGUAAAUCGUAAUCGCUGCUGAUUUCAUAAACUAUUAAGUCUCAUUGAACUGUGUAUUGUUGAGCUGUAUUUGAUACAGGAAAAAACAGUUGCAUUCCGUUAUCGGGUAAAAUUCAUGUAUAAUCAUUUGUCUUCAUCAAAAUAUGCUUCUUGCAUCACUGCUCUUUUCCUAGACGCCCAAUAAUAUACUUGGUAUUUGUUUUUAAUUGAAUUUUCUCUUUUAUAGCAAUGGGCCAGCCAUAAUAAGCACCAUAUAUAAUGUAAGACAGUGGCGUAGCAAUAUUGAAUGUUUGUAUGCUUAAGCAUACACUCGAAUCCCAUUAAGGUAUUUUUUCUUACUUUUUUAAGUGUGACUUCGCCGCUGGGCCCUCUCUUGAAAGCAUAAACUGCUACAAAACAUUUGCUACGCCACUGUCAAAUAUUGAUUUGCUCAUUUAAAACUUAGCAGGAGACCAGAUUAUCUCUUUUUGAUUUUGUCUAGUUUGAAUUGUUCUUGAAAGUUUGCACGUCAUUUUUAAAGAAUAUCGUUUAUUAUAUGCUUUUUAGCAGAUGUAGGCCAUUUUGUGAUGACUUUUUAUUGAAGCGUGCCUCAACGAACUUAAUCAUAUUAACAUGGUGACUGUAUGUAUUUACCGAAUAUCAUGUGUUUUCUUUCUUAAACGUUGUUAUAAUUCAUAUUAUUUAGUUUUAUUCUGAGUGUGAAAAAUAGCCACGGGAUCAUUUUGCAUAAAGAUUUUCUCAUACUGAUUUUGUACUCCAGGUCACAGGGACUUUGAACGAAUGUCCAACCAUAUAAUAAUUUAAGAAUUUACUUAAGGAAUAGGUUAUUUCAUAACCAAAAUUGCUGCUCAACAGAUUGAUAUUUGUAAAACAAAUCACAGAAUUACAAGGGAGAUAAUAUGAAUAGAGUUUGGGUUUGAGAACGAGAAAGGUUUCACCAAUACGUUCCCGAUUCAUGAAACCUUGGUGUUUGGUCAGAUACUGAAACAUAUGUUGUGUGUGCUUUGUUUAAUAGUGAAAGCUAGUCAUGAUAUGUCUGUAAUGGUACCCUGUUUAGACAAUUACCCAUUUCAAUUAUCAUUUCGUAAUGCAGAGUUAUCUGCUCUUGUGAGUAGGUAUAGAUUGUAGUUUGUGUGAGAAAAUUACAUCGUUUCCUCAUCAUGUUUCUCUCACUAACCAAUGACGUAACAUCAGCAGUUUGUGUGAGAAAAUUACAUCGUUUCCUCAUCAUGUUUCUCUCACUAACCAAUGACGUAACAUCAUCAGUUUGCGUGAGAAAAUUACAUCGUUUUCUAAUUAUGUUUCUCGCACUAACCAGCGUCGUAACAAUCAAUGUCUGCUCAUUACAGCAGAUAACUUCAAGAGACCGAAUGUUUCAAUAUAUGGUUGACACUCGUACAAAUGUCACAAGUCAUUAGCACGGACUUGGAUAUAUCCCGUGUCAGAAGUCAAGGAAUAGUGAAAUGAGGUUGUAUUGUUUUUUUUCUUUUCUUUUUAGUUUGUUUAUAUUGUAAAUAUUUCUUUCAGAUUAAAAUUUGUUUCAGUGUUUUAAAGUUUUAACAAUUCGAUAAUUCCUUCUGUGAAUUUUUGUAUAUUAGGCCUGUAAUAUAUCUACAAGGUUUUACUAACACUUUUGUAAUUCGUUAUUUUGUUAGAAUUUUAAAAGUCGAAUGGUUCAGGGCAAAGCCACUCUGGUCAAAUGUUAUAAGAGAGAACACAUGUUCUUCAUUUUCCCGACGUUUAACUUGUAACACUUUAUGCUUCGUGUAGGUUGACCAAUGAAUUAUUUUUGCAUUCCUAUUUUUAAAUUAUAAAAUAUUAAAUCUUACUUAAUUAGGAGUCUCGAAAAUGUGUUCCUCGUGUUCUAGUUGGAAAUAAUGUCAUAUGUUGAAAUUGUGAUUUUAUGUCUGUGAUGCAUUUUAAUGAGUGAUUUUAUUUUUUUUUUUUCAAGUUUUUGUCACCAAUAGGCUGAUAAUUUUAAAUUUAAAUGACCAAUUGCGAUAUGGUUUCAAAUUUGUACUUUUCUCAUUUGAAUGUUUGAAUUAAAUUGUGUUACUGUAAA